AUGACACCUCCCAUCAGAAACAACUCCAACGGCACGCAAUUCACACAGCCGGCUGAAUGUUAUAACUCGCGCGACGCGGUAUCGGCCAUGCCUUCCAAUAUCGAAUAUUAUAAUCAGGUCCCGCUAUACCAGACAAAAGACAACUACCGAGAUAUGAGGGCGGUCUUGCAGUCUUGCUGUUCGAAUGGGGUGUGGAUUUCGGAGGAUCCGGAUCCUUGCACGGUGAUUUGUGAUUCGACCUCCUCGGCUGAAGCUAAGAAGGUCAUGUACUGCUUAAAUGCUGAGCAGGUUGUUCAUGGGACAAAAUUGGAGAAGACUUCUGGGGCAGUCAGGCGUCCCGCGGUGGGAUGGGUGUCUUUGAUUAUUGGGGGAAUGCUUUUGUCUGGGAUGUUUAUUUGA